GCAUCCUGAGAAUAAUUAUAUAUUUAUUUUGUAAUAAGGGAAUUAUCUGAAAGAAUUUAAAUGAAUGAGAUCAGAAGGAUUUAAGAAGAUGGAAAAACCUUUAUAAAUUUAGAAGAACACUUGUAUUUAAUAUUAGGCAAGCAGAAGAAUAUUCAAAAAGGAUUAGGAAUUUCAAAAUCAAAUUAAGUUAGUUUUUUUCUUAAAUGUCAGCUUAAAAAUUAUAAGAAGGGAUUUAUUUUUACAUAAAUACAUAAUAUGGAUCAUAUUUAAAAAAAUAAUAAAUAAUUAUUAAAUUAUUUGUUUCAUAAAGUUUAGAAAUAAGUUUUGAAAUAAAGUGUUAUGAAGAAAUUUAAAAGAGAUUAAAUUUAAGACCCUCUCAAUAAAGAUGUUGAUGAUGAUUUUCUAAGAUAUAAAAUUGAUAGUCAUCUUCAAUAAUUCAAAUUUUGA